GGCCUGAUUAAAGUCCAGGCUUAAAUUUAAUUAAGCUCUGGCCAGAUUUAAGAGCAUCAAUCUAAUGUGACUGAGCUGAAUCCAUUCUGCAAUGAUGAAUGGACAAAAAAAAAGAUUGUUUCAAUGAAUGCAAAGCUGGUAGAAUGACACCCCUUCCACUUUCUUUGGUUGAGGUUUUGAAAAAUAUGUUAACAAAUAAGUAAACACAUAGUGACAGGAAGAUGAAGGCCAAGUUUUUGGAUUACAGCUCAGAAUCAGGAUGUGAUCAGCUGGAUGAUGACUUAUCACAACAAAGAGAUAACAUUGCAGUGCCAACAAUUUUACAAAUUUUGCAGGAUUUAGGGGAAGAAAAUGUUCCAUUGGGAGUUUUAAAUUAAAAUCCAAACACAUUUGUUAUGUUCAACCAACACUUCUUAAAGUGGAUAGUAGUUCUAGAUUCUAAAUACUUCAAAGAGGCUGAAAUACAACAUAUCUGUAAAAUGAAAACGAUGAACUAUUUGUGGAACUUGAUGAAAGAAUGAUCUGAAACAAAGGUCAGUCAAUCACUAUAAAAUUCUGUCCCAACACACAAAGAACAGUUUUAUGAACAAACACACAUCUGCUGUAUUUUCCUGCCUAUAUUUGCCUAUGUGCCUCUAUAUAUAGAGUGAGUGGGUGAGGCCCACAGGUGAGCAUGUUGUCUCCGCCCAGGAGGAAACCAGGAAGACUGGUUUUGACAUGUAACAAGUGAAAUGUUUCUAAUUCCUGAGGGGAAACAGGUUUAAACAGGCUGUAAUGUCACAACUCUUUAUCGGCAUGGAAAGUAUUUCCUUCUACCGGCCAGGCUACCAGUCACUCCUUUGUCCGCGCAGCGACCUGGUUAACUGGAUACUUUGCUGAUGGAACCACCUUCAUAUGAGGAAGCCAACAGCCAUUGUUCCAUUCAGUCUCCAGGACAACAUAACCACUCCUCUCCUCCAGCCUCCACUCAGUCCCCAUCUACACCUCCUCCAACAUAUGGAGAGGCCGGUUACCCAAGUGCUUUUCCUAUCUUGACUCCACCCUCUGGGCAAACUGCUGUGGCUACAUCAUCUGAAAACUCCAGACUCACAGUCCACCCACUUAUACAAAUUGGUGAACGAGCCUCCAGAGGCAGAAGAGCUCCGACAAUAGCGGUCGUGUCCCAGCCACAGCCAGUUCCCAUCAUACUGAACAGUCUGAGAGACUCUCCUGGAUUUGUUCGCUGCCCUCACUGCCUUGAGCUUGUCACCAGUAACGUUACAUAUGUUGCUGGGAGAACUGCUAUGUGCUCAUGUGUCAUUAUGGCAUUAAUGGGGUUAUUCUGUGGUUUCUGUCUGAUUCCACUGUGCAUGAGAGGACUGCAGGAUGCACAUCACUCCUGUCCACAAUGUGGCGAGAAACUGUGUUUAUGAAAGAUGACAUGCUGUCUGGAUCCAUGAAGCUCCUGGUUUUCUCCAUCUGCUCAGAUCUCGUUAAAUAGGUUACAAAUUUAGCAAAUUAAUUUGUCAUACGAGUUUGUCACAUGCUGCAUACACUGCACUUUUUCUGAACUUUUAACUCAAAAUAAAGGUAGCUUAUCUUUGGCAAGAAGGAAAAGUCACAUUUAAGUUUCAUCAGAGCAGGAAAGAAAUAUCGCACCUAAAUGAAUGCUUGCAGUUAGGCCCCAGAUAAGUAUGUUGACUGAUGACUGCAUAGAUAAGUAUGUGAAAGCAAUGACUGGAAUGCUUCCCAUACAUCUCAAACAGCUGAUACAAGUUGAUGUGUUAAACAUUUUAAGGUAUUUUUCAUAAGCAUUCCUAGGUUAUUUAUAGUUGAAAUGCAUAGAGUAGUAGGUACAGUAAGUGUAUUUUUUGAUGUUUUCUAUAAAUGUUUGAAGUUGAUGAAAGGCUCAAAUGAGAAAAGAAGCAGAAGCAUUUUUAACAUGUUUGCAAUAUCUCAGACUGUAAGAAAUAUUAUCUUUUGUCACUUAUUUUAAUUUUGCUUUUGUUAUUAUCAAAAGUUUAGUUCAGAGUUUUUUGAAUUGGGGUCCUUUUGGGAAGUUUAUGGUGAUGAUGUUUAGUGAACUACAGAGCAGAAAGCUGAAGUCUUUCUUUCACUCUACAUCCAGUGGAUGAUGCAGUUUGAUACAACUGAUAGUAGCCACACAGGCACACCCGCUAGAAGGAAACAAACGCACCCAAUAUUGGCUCAGACAUUGCCAGGCGAAAACUGUGCCAAAAGACGGUUUUAUGUUUUGUAAGCGACCAGAGAAUCCAAGCAGAGACCAAGUUUAAGCGCGAGGAGAAAUUUUGAGUACAAGCAUUAGAAGUUUUGAGAAGAAAGACAUGAAGUCCUGCUUUCAGACUGAACAUGUGUGCUCUUGGAUUAUGGCAGAAAAAUUCCCUCCAAAAACAUUUGCUAAUUCAGAGUUAUUAAUUUAAAACUUAAUUUAAAUUUUUUUGUUUUGACUGUAUGAAAGACAUUGUUUAAAAGAUUUUCAAAAACUAUUAGAUAAUGUGAUGUUUUUUAAUUCUAAUGGUAAUGUGCAGUAUUCCAAGUGUUGAUGCUAGGACCGAAAAAGCCGCCUGACCAACUGAGCUUUUCCUGAAUUAUGUUUUGCAGUGCCCUCUGCUAGAUGCUGUUGUGAAUAUGUUGAAGAAAAUAUGAGCAAAAUAAUUUCUUUACAACAGAUCUGCUCAGUCCACUUUGUACCAGAGUGGAACUCUAUGUUUGAAGUUGACACAAACUCAUCCAAACUCUGGUCUUCAAAAAUACGAAGGUCUUUUUCAGGUCAACUGAUUUGCUCGCAGUUGGAAACAAACUUUCCAACAAUUUUGUUUCCUUGUUGGAAAGGAAACAAACUAUUUAGCAGAUCAAAGUGAGAAAAGGAACCAAAAAUAUUUUCAAAUAAAAAUGGGAUUUGAGAACUUUUAAAUUACUACAAUACCAACCUCGAGCAUCAUGUUCAAUAACUUAUUGCCUCAUUGGCAGCUCAUACACUGAAAAAAAUACCUCUUUGGAUAAACAUAAAAAAAUCAUAGAAAGGUUUUCCACCUGAUUACUUUGCUUUAUUUCAACACCAUGUAAUUCUGUUAGUCCUAUUUAAA